AUGCUUAGUGUAAAGGAGGACUUACCUCAUAGGAAGGCAUCAAAUUCAUGUAAGAAAAUUUUAAAUGAUAUGAUAGCAUGUUAUCAAAAUACAAUUUGUUAUAAAAAGCAAAAUUCGACCUUUGAGGAAUGUUUACAUAAUCACGACUUGAAAGAAAUUGAUGAAAACUGCAUUAUUUUGAGGAAAGCGUAUGCUCAAUGUCGCCGUAAUUUACUGAACGGAAAUUUUAAACUGAUCGGCAAUCCCUUGUCAAGAUAA